AUGGCCAUCCUACCGGGAAGCUGGGCGAUAAUAAUCGCCAAUGUAUUAACCCCCCUAGCUGUUCUAGUGUUUUCUUCUGGAUUUUUUCCUUAUAAGCCAUUGGUGUCAGGACUUGCGAGGUUUGAAGAUGGCAGCAACAGUACUACUGUCCCAAAGGCUUUUGAUAAAGUCAUCUUCAUGGUCAUCGAUGCCUUGAGGAGUGACUUUGUCUAUUCCAAUGAUUCUGGGUUCUUCUUUACCCAAAGCUUGAUUCGAUCAGGGGCUGCACUCCCAUUCACUGCUUAUGCUGGUUCUCCAACAGUCACGAUGCCCCGUCUUAAAGCCAUAACAACUGGGUCCAUACCAUCUUUCUUGGAUGUAAUUCUGAAUAUUGCAGAGUCUGAUACUUCGUCGACUCUGAUAUAUCAGGACACCUGGUUAGCACAGUUGAAGGCAAGAGGGGAGCACCUCGUCAUGUAUGGGGAUGACACUUGGCUCAAGCUGUUUCCUGGGAUGUUUGAGAGAGCGGAUGGAACUACAAGUUUCUUUGUGUCGGACUUCAGCGAAGUAGACAACAACGUGACUCGCCACAUUCCCAACGAACUCUUGCGGAACGACUGGUCAGCAUUUAUCAUGCAUUACCUCGGUCUAGAUCAUAUAGGACACAAAACAGGUCCCCACAGCCCUUACAUGGUAACAAAACACUAUGAAAUGGACACCAUUGUCAAUAACAUAUAUACGAGCAUGGAGCAGGAAGAACAUCUCCAGUCCACUCUUUUCGUUUUGUGUGGUGACCAUGGGAUGAACGAUGCCGGAAAUCAUGGCGGUUCAUCAGUUGGUGAGACAUCACCCGCACUGCUUUUCAUAUCACCGAAGUUUCAAGCCUUGAAGAGUUCCAGACAGUCUCCCACAGACUCGCACAGCGACUUCCAAUACUACCGUACGGUCGAGCAAACAGACAUAACUCCAACAUUAGCAGGUCUUCUAGGCUUCCCGAUACCUUUGAAUAGCUUGGGCGUAUUUGUCCCAGAACUUCUUGGCAUGUGGAAAUUGAAUGACCUUUAUCCUGAGCUCGAGUCUGCCUUAUUUCGGUUCCUGAAACUUGCUCAGAGGGUAAUGAGCAGUGCAGCUAGUGAUUACAAUCUCAGUAAUCUUCUUCUGGGGUUAUUCAUCACAUUUCUCGUUGUCUUGCUUUCUUUUCCUACCACGUAUACACUGCUCUCAAACUCCGGGCAUGCCGGGACAUUCUAUGCACUAAGUAUCCUAUGUUACGGCGCCAUGAUGUUUGCUAGUAGCUACGUGGAGGAGGAGCAACAAUUUUGGAAUUGGGCUUUCACUGCGUGGGCAUUUUACUUGCAUGUCAAAACAUACUAUCUCGAUCAAUUGAUUCCUUCGAUCAAAGAGUACAGCAUUGGAAACCGAACAUCCCAACUAUUACAGACGUUGUCUAGAUUUGCUGGUGACAAGGAGGCCGAGAUAGAGAUCAUUUGCAAUACAAAUCACCAGGAGUUUGUCACCUCAGUGAACCAACUUCUACGCAUCAGAGAAGGCACGGUUAGCCUUACCUCUGAGAUUUUGGACCUCAACCAGUCUAUACAAGCAAGUACGGAGAAGCUGGCCGAGCAGAAGAGAGCUUUGGUGGAGUCACGAAGUCACCGGCAGAACAUUGAUGAGACAUUUCGAGCUAUACAAGACUGUCUUGAAGUUUUGCGUCUCGCAAAUCAAGUCCAUGAUUUGCUCGCCAAGAAGAAUCACUAUGCCGCACUUCGCGCCCUAGAAGAACUGCAAAAUGUUCAUCUAAAAGGUGUGACGCAGUACAAAAUUGCUGAUAUGAUUCAGCGCUCGGUUCCUACAUCGCAAAAAGCAAUAGCCGAGGCAGUCAUGUCUGAUCUCAAUACUUGGUUGUACAGAAUUCGGGAGAUGUCGCAGUACCUUGGAGAGAUUGCUUUGUAUCAUACAGACCUGCGGAAGACCAGGCAAAAAGGGAGAGCAGAAAAAUCGCCGUACCUGGGUCAAUUCAAGCUGAAUUCAGCAAUCGAGCUGGUUUCCGAUGAGAGCGAAGAAUACGAUCUCUUGCAGAACGAGGAACUCCAGGUUGACUUUACGCCGUUAUUCGAAUGCCUCCAUAUCCAUCGGUCAUUAGGACAUAUGGACAGAUUUCGAAUCGAGUACGCUAAUACACGACGUCGGCAGAAAGAGCUUCUGAUCCCGACAUCAAUAACUCUCAUCGAUGAGGAUGGUGCUAGUCUACACAACCUUCUCGAGGAAAUGGCGGGGUUUGCCAUUGUCGAACGCUCCACAAUGAAGAGAGUUGAUGAGCUAUGGGAUUCAAUGUGCCAGAUGGCCGUGAUCCUAAUAUCAAAGGCACUACAUGAGGUUGACAAUGCCGAGAGUCUGCUGAAGAUAAAAAAUCUCAUCGCAUUGUUUAUGCAAACAAUGAACACCUGGGACUUCCAUGUUGGAGUAUUUGAUGAUUUUCUCUUGACUUUGUUCAAAAAAUACGCCGAGUUACUGGAAAAAAGAUUCAGUGAUGAUUUCCAAGAGAUAGUAUCAACCGAUGAUUAUAUGCCUAUGCCUAUCCAGACAAUUGAAGAAUUUGACAAAGUACUGAAUGUCAGUUGGUAUAAUCCUGAAAAGCCAAGAGAGGAACAAGCGUUUCCGUGUGUCUUACCAUUUUCCCAAAUGUAUCCAUUAUGCUGCAUUGACAUCCGGAAUUUCCUAAAUCAGUUCUACUUUUUUGCCAAUGACGACUUCUCCCAUUCUAGCGUUAUUGAUGAAACACUUAGAGAUGCGCUGGAUGAGCUUCUAUCUAGCAAAGUUUGCGACACUCUUGUGGAGCGGCUGUCUUCACAAUAUCUGGGACAGAUCGUGCAAAUCCUGAUAAACUUGGAACAUUUUGAACUUGCUUGUCGUGAACUUGAGCAGUUACUCGCCGCUGCUAGAUCGCAAAAUGUUUCUGGUGAUGUAGUCACCUUGAAUGCUACUGACAAGUUUAAAAGCAAUAAGAAGGCAGCUGAGAAACGUAUCUUUGAGGUUGUUAAUUCCAAGAUUGAUGACCUUAUUGAAACGGCUGAGUACGACUGGAUGGCAUCUGUUCCACCUGCCGAGCCAAGCAACUACAUGCAGACACUGACGCGUUUUCUAUCAAACAUCAUGAACUCAACGUUGCUCGGCCUACCUACAGAAAUUAAAGAGCUUAUCUAUUUUGAUGCUCUUAGCCAUGCUGCCAAUAUGAUUCUUGCACUUCCUCUUUCUGCGGAGGUAAAAAAGAUCAAUCCAAAUGGUGUGCUGGCUCUUGCAAAAGAUGUCGAAUAUCUAUAUCAGUUUGUGGAUAGUCUCGGUGUUCCUAUACUUCGGGAAAAUCUCGAUGAACUACAGCAGACAGUGCAGUUGAUGCAAGCAGACAACACUGACGAGUUCUAUGACAUAUCCACGAGGAACAAGAAGUAUGGCCGUGUAGAUGCUAUCCAUGGCCCAAUCUUAUUAGAGAAGAUCAUACGCACCGUUCAAAGUCCUGUAAAGACGGAUAAGUUUACCACUCUCUCAUCAAGGUUUGGUAAGAAGUCAUGA